AGGCCGGGGUUUGAAGGCUGCCCCCGACCAAAGUUAAUUAGCCAACCGGGGUUAUCGAAAUGAAUCCACAACCCUCUGCCACUCUCGCCGCCCUCUGGUCUCGAGCUGUUGACCAUCUCCUAGAAAAUAUAUAGUCAAAUAAUAUCUUCUCAUCAAAGACGAACUGCCCAUUUCCAAAGAAACGAAGGACCGAUAGAUAAUAGAGAGAAACAUAUAUAGACAGACUCAGAACUCGAAGCGAUGGCUUUCUUAUUCAAAUCCAAAACUAAAUCACCCCAGGACCUCGUCAAGACCAUCAAGGACUCACUUAACAAACUCGAAAAUAACCCAUCAGUCGACCUAACCAAGAAGAUCAAUGAAGAUAUCACCAAGUCACUUCAAUUGAUGAAAUCGAUCCUCAGUGGCUCCUCACUACCAACCAUACAGGACUCUUCAAUACCAACGACGAGCUCGAACGGAGCAGAAGAUGGACAGCCGAUGUCCGCCAACGGAGCACUAGGACCCAUCAACAGUUCAUCCUCCUCCUCCUCCGCAUCUAACUCAUCACCCGAGAUUGUAGCUCAACUGGCUCAAGAGAUUUAUAAUCAAGAUCUGUUGAAAAUCUUCUUACUUCAGAUGCGUCGAUUCGAAUUCGAAUCUAGGAAAGAUGUCGUGAAUAUCUUUAAUUUGAUCCUCAGAAGACAGAUCGGUACCCGUUGGCCAACUGUCGAUUAUUUGGCUAACCGAGAGGAAAUCAUUUGGAUCGCUCUCAAAGGCUAUGAAAACUCAGACGUAGCUCUCAAUACAGGUAUGAUUCUGAAAGAAAUGCUGAGGCAUGAAAUCUUGGCUAAAAGCUUACUAUACUCGGACCGGUUUUAUGAUUUUCCUCAGUAUAUUGAGCAAACUACGUUUGGAAUUGCUUGUGACGCAAUGUCAAGUUUCAAAGAAUGUUUGACUCGACACAAAAGUAUGGUAGCUACAUAUCUAGAAGAUAAUUAUGAAAAGUUUUUCACGAUGUAUACCAACUUAAUCCAAUCAUCAAAUUACGUGACCAAGAGACAAUCAAUCAAAUUAUUGGGAGAGAUCCUGUUAGACCGGUCGAAUUAUAAUGUGAUGAAUCAGUAUAUUUCGAACGAAGAUAACCUGAAGAUCAUGAUGAAUCUAUUGAAAGAUAAAUCGAAAAACAUCCAAUUCGAAGCCUUUCAUGUAUUCAAAGUCUUUGUUGCUAAUCCCAGGAAACCGGCUCCGAUCGAAUCAAUACUCAAGAGAAAUAAAGAGAAACUGAUUGAGUUUUUGAGGAAGUUUCAUAACGAUAAAGAUGAUGAACAGUUUAACGACGAGAAGGGCUUUUUGAUCCUUCAGAUUGAGAACCUUAGAUGAUCUUUUUCAACUUUUCUUUUCUUCUUUCCAGUCAGCAAGAAAAAAUUACAACAUACUCGCUUUUGUUGCUUAGAAAUUUCAAGUUUUUUUUUAUCAUUCUUUUUCUGAAGGCUCGUUCUAAGAUCAUGUUUAGUUUUGCCCCUCUUUUAUUUUCUUAAGCCUCUUGAACUAACUAAAUAAUGUCACUAUUAGUACUUGUUAUUUUAUGUGUGUGUGUUUUGUAUUCUAGUCUCUCUUUUCCUCUUCAUCUCUCAGAAAACAAAACAAAAACAAAAACAGUGCAGAUAAUGUAUG